AAGCUACGGGUUAAUUUAAGACUAAGAGCAAAACCUGUUGCCAAUUAGGAACAGCGAGCGCCACAUGUGGGCUAGACGGAGUUAUCUCCAGUAGGGGCAAAGGGGGCAGAAACCGCGGUGCGCGCAAUGGAGACAGGCUGAUUGACUGUGCAGCCACUUGUUCAAGUUCAACUGGCAGUCACAGGUAUGAGCAGCUAUUAAUAUGACGUUUUUUUCUUGAAGAGAUGAUCAGACAGGAUCCACAGCACUGAAGGAUUGAUGCGCAAAAGGGGCCACCAUUCACACGUGGCUCGUUUAACUUUUUACUCUUCAAGAUUGCAACAUGGCACGCACUUCUAUGAUAUUUUUACUCUUUGCUACAACUUUGCUCGGCACGGAGAGCGUAUCUGAAAUCUGCCGGGGCCCUCGCUGCUUCCCCGGCCAGGACUGGAGCACACAGUGCGUCGGAGCGCACUGCCAGAGGCGCACGGAGACGUCCGCGCCCCGACUGCAGUUACCGCACUCUGUACCGUCCAAUCAAGUACAGUUUUAUUCGAAUUACCCACGGGAUGCUCCUGUCACACAGCAGCGAGUCCAAAUCGGGCAGGCAGCACCGUACACCAUCGUCCAGCCUCAGCACGGCGUGGAUAGCAACAGGAGGACCAACCCGAGGACCAUCACGGCGGAGGUGUUUCACCCUGGCUGCGCCGGUGGGACCUGUCCGACCUCAGUGUCUCAUCGCCCCACGAGUGAUGACAGUGCAGCCCGGGAGUGCAAAGGGAUCGGAUGUAAACUUCCCCCUCUGAUGCGCCAGAAGCACAAGCCUUGCAUUGGAGACGGCUGCAGUGGAGGAGACGACGGGAGAGGACACUCCUCACCUGUUCGUGUGACGGACAGAGCGGCACAGUUUCUGGACGAGCUGCCAGACUUUGGGUCUGAACGUGGAGCUUUUAUACAGCUGACAUGUGACAUGAAACCAGGGACCAAUGAGGUUCCCUCAGAAGAUGCUCUUGUGCUGCAGCUGCAACUGUCUAAGAGCCAGGAGAGGCUGGUUGAGGCCCUCAGGGGCCAACAGCACGAGGUGAAGGAGCUGCAGAGGCUCCUCAGUGAGCAGCAGGGGACGCUGGUGAACCAGCAGAGAGACAUUCUGGAUCAGCAGAGGAGGAUGUUUGAGCAGAUGGAGCAAGUAAAAGCCCAGUACAACAUACUGAUGGACAGCAUCAAACAAACAUCUUUCCAGAACCUCCAGGGGGAGCUAGACAGUCACAUGGAAACUCUGAGUGGGCAGGUUAGAGCCCACCAAGCACAGCAGGCUCUGUCUUUGCACAAAGUGGACAUGGAGGCCAGCAUCAUGGAGGUGGGUCGGUCUCUGCUGACUUGUGGCAGCUGUGGACCGGAGGAGUACUGUGGCUUCAGCAGCGGCCAUCCCCGCUGUGAGAAAUGCACCAUCUGUCCACCCGGUUUCUUCCUGGUCGCCCAGUGUUCAGUCCAUGCAGACAGGAUUUGCCAGGACAGGGAUGAAUGCCUUGAAAUAGCUGAUCUGUGUGGAGAUCAACAGAAGUGUCUCAAUACUCCAGGUGGAUUCAGGUGCCAGGGCAUGACAGAGCGAGACGCCAACUCAGGAAUGUGCGGCCACGGAUAUUUCUACAACUCAGACAUGGACGAGUGCCAGGCCUGCAAUGAAUGUGAUGGAGAACCUGUGACUUCACCUUGUACCUUCACCACAGACACCAUCUGUUCCGGCCCUGCUGCUGGCGACAGCCCGCUCUCUAUGUCUUGGGCUGGAGAUGCAAGCCUGCUGGGGGCAAAAGGCCAUAUUUUGGCUCACGCCUUUCCCAGCGUGCAGCUUCACAUCCAGGGACGAGGCGAUGUAGGUCUGGUGACCGCUGAGAAUGGCCACCUGGUACUAAGGCAGCACGGUCUGGUCUGGUUGGAUGAGAAUCUUUCGGUGAGCCACGGCUGCCGCAGCUUUAUCCAGGUGUGUCUGCGGAUGAACAACACCGACGGAUCCGAGGGUCGCGACCUCAGCGGUGUUCGGGUGGAGCAGCGGGAGGGAAGGUCACUCCAAAGUGUCACUGUCAGCGGUGUGGCAGAAGUCGCCCCCGGUCACAUCAUGUCCCUCUUCCUGCGGAGUGCCAGCCACCACUGCAACCAAAGCAGUGAGGGUCUGCAGCUGUACGACCCUUCUGCAGCUACGCUCAGCCUCCUCUGGCUCUCUCAUGACACCGGGGCUGUUGCCAUGACAGCACAGGCCACGGUCUCUGCACAUUACCACACAAACUAUCGCCCAGUCUUCCGCACCACCUCCACCUCCGAUCCCUACGUAGUGGGACUGACUCAUGACGGCCGUGGGAUCCGCUUCGCAGAAAGUGGCACAAUGCGUUUUGUAUUCCAGCAGGCGUUGUACUCGAUGGGCCAGGCAUGUGUGAGUGAGGGAGUCCAGGUUUUGGCAUAUCUCAACCACAAUGGAAGCAACAUGGAGCUGUUCCGUGCCUUCAAAUCAGGGGUCCACUACCGGGACACUUCCAUAUCUCUGUCUGGAGCAGCUUCAGUUGACCCCGGAGACACACUGGGCUUUGAGAUAAUCUCUCCUGCUCAGUGCAACGUGCGCUUCUUUGGUGACGAGACAGGCAUCAGCAUUCUCAGUUUGGUUUGGGUUCCUGCUGCCAUUUCUUCCUCUCUGUCUGCCAGUGUGGCCCACACAGGUCUUCCCUCAGGAGCAGUUCGCAACAAGCCGCUGUUCUUCCACCAGACUAGCCCCCAUGUGUCCCAGAUGGGGAUGCUGGCGAAGGGAUCUGCAGAUCAGAAACGAGAUUUUGUCUUCAGGGAGAGCGGCACAGCCAGUGUGGCUCUGGACAUCAAACUCAUCCACUCCUGCAAUUUGGUCAAAGUGACUCUGCUCAGGCGAAGUGAUUCAGAGGGGUCAGGAGGAGGUCGCGAGGUCGCGGGUCAGCGGCCCGUCCCUCUGGCCCAGCAGGUGGCUGGCCAGAUGCCUGAGGGCAGCCAGUGGGCCAGUGUAAGUCUGCGGGCGUCCUUCCAGGUUCACAACGGCACAGCGGUUUUCUUCACGCUGGACUGUGUGCGUGGACGAGUCAACCAGAUCAGCCACCAAACAGGAAGUGGGGUGUCCGUCCUCUGGGUGGCAGCAUAAUUACAGCAGGCCAAACUUUGCUACAUUGUUUUUUUUUUUAUAUGGCUGAAAGGUUCCAAAUACUUAUCCUUUUGCCGGUUGGACUAGAUUCAUUGGCGUGUCUUUUAAGGAAUAGUUUAGAGACUUUUUACAACUUAUGCUCAUAGAUCAUUCACGUCUUUUUGAAUUUCAAUUUUAAUCAGCAGCCUUUUAGCUCAGACUGGAGAAGUGGGAAUCAGCUGUCCUGACUCUGACUAUAUGCAUCAAAAUACAUCUGUUAACACCUUAAAAACUCAGUAAUGAAGACAUACACCAAUCAGCCACAUCAUUAAAACCAUUUGCCUCAUACUGUGUAGGUGUCCUUAGUGCUCUGACCUUUUAAGGAAUGGAAACUGGACCUCAGUGGGUGUCCCAUGGUGUGAGGCAUGGGGACAUAGGCAGUGCACCGAGUUCUGUGGGUUGUCCAGUGGGACCUCUGUGGGUCAGGCGUCCUAAUAGUCCUGGCGGUGUUAAGUCCAGGAUGUAGCGAUGGUGUCUGUGCAAAAUAGUGAUGGAGAUAUUGUUUUGGUGGAAUGUUUGCAGGCAGGAAGGUGAGCACUGUCAUUACAAUAGCUGAAUUCACUGAACAAAGAAGCACAUCCCCCAAUAUUGCACAAUCCAAAAUUUCCCGUCCUGUAAUGAAUAGAAUUUUUAUAAAGGUAUUGCAGUGAAAGGAGGAGAAAGCCAUGUGAAAUGUACAAAGAAAAUAUGUCUUAUACCUACAUCCAAUGAGUCAAGCUAAUGUCAACGUAACGUCUACAUGAAUGUCAGGAUCUCAGGUUUCCCGGCAGAACAUUGCUUUCAAAUAAAAAUUAUUCACGUCGCCUGUCAGGAGUUUUACUGUUUGAUGGGAUUGUUUGUUUUUUUUUUUGAAGUGUUUGUUUUAGCUGCACUAAAAGCAAAGUGGAAGACAAUAAUUUGUGAUUUUAUGCAGGAUAGAUGGUUCCCCCUGCUUCCAGUCUUUGUGCUAAACUAGGCUAACUUUCUCCAAACUAGAACUUGAUGUGCUGUCAAUCUUCUCGUUUAACUCUGGGCUACAUACUCAAUAACCAUAUUUCCCAAACCUUGAUCUAACUCUUUAAGCUGCUUGAUUUGUAGUAAGUAGCAUGAGGUAAACUAGACUUGCUCAAGAAUUAUUUUGUGUUUUUAAAACAGCUCAAAUAUGACCUUUGAAGUAUUUAAAAAUGUAACAGUAUGCAUAAACCAUAUUUAUAUAGUGCAUCUAUUAGUACAAUGUCAUGAUAUCUAUGAAUGAUGGGUCUCAGCAACUGUAUUCACAUGAUAAUUUCUCAUGUUCAGUGUUCUGCUUUUUCAUGCUUCUCAUGUGUCUGCCUUGUAUUUAUGUAAUUCAGUUACUCUGUUGACGCCAAAGGACUUUCACAUCAUUCCAGUUGUGACUACAGCAUUUUCUGCUGGCGCUGGUUUUCAUUCAGGAGUACGUUUUUUAAGAGCAUGUGUUUCACGUUAGCCGCCAUUUUCUGAUGUGGAUAUCUACUGCAUGCCUUGUUUAAGGACCACUUUGUGCAUAUUAUGGACUUAAAAGAGAGUCACUAAAGCCCCAUAGGAAUUAAACUGCUAUUUUAAAUAAUAACACCUUAGAGUAUAGUUACUGUUAACCCAAAGUAAACUGUAAUAAAGUGUAUAUUUGAUGUUUUCUACUAAAUCCAAUAAAAUUACAUUUAUUUUA